AUGGCGUCUACUACCGAGAUCAAGCAUGACGUCGCCAGGUUUGAGGAUGUAUCGGAGAAGAAAUCGACAUCCUCCGGAGAAGGAGAAAUCGAAGCGCAAUUUGGAGCAGCAGAUGAGGAAGAGGCGACUAGGGUGUUGAGGAAGGUAGAUUUCAGGCUUGUGCCGUUGUUGUCGUUGUUGUAUCUUGUGAGCUUCAUUGAUCGGAGUAACAUUGGCAACGCGAAGAUCGCCGGCAUGACUACAGACCUUCAUAUGAAGGGUCUUCAAUACAACACGGCUGUCACAUUGUUCUUCGUCCCAUACACGCUGCUCGAAGUCCCUAGCAACAUCGUCCUGAGAUUAAUGAGACCCAGUGUCUGGUUGUCUACAAUGAUGAUUUGUUGGGGUCUAGUAAUGACUUGUAUGUGUUUUGUGGAGACCUACGAAGGGCUUCUGGCGGCUCGUUUCUUCUUGGGUGUUACAGAGGCUGGUUUUUUUCCUGCUGCUACCUUCCUGCUCACCAUUUGGUACCGCCGCUACGAAGUCCAACGCCGGCUGGCCAUCUUCUACGUCUCCGCAUCCCUCGCUGGCGCUUUCUCAGGUCUACUUGCUUAUGGCAUCGCGUUUCUCGAUGGCAGAUCUGGAUUCGAAGGUUGGCAGUGGAUUUUUCUCAUAGAGGGUUUGGUUACUGUAUCUCUUGGACUUGUCAUCUGGAAGAUCCUUCCAGAUAGCCCCGGCACAGCCAAGUUUCUCAACCAGAGGGAGCGUGAUCUGCUUGUUUGGCGACUCGCGAACGAUUCUGGAUCGGGUCAAGGGCGUGCUACGAACAACGACAAGAUGGAGACUAAGCACAUUAUCGCGGGUCUUUCCGACUGGAAGAUCUGGGCGGGCGUCGUCAUUUUCUGGGGAAACACCGUGGGUGUCUAUGGGUUCACCGCAACAGUCCCAACCGUAAUCAACGGACUUGGGUACUCGAGCGCUAACGCCCAGCUCCUAACAAUUCCAAUCUAUGUAUUCGCUGCCUGCAUGACGUUGGCGUUUGCUUGGGCCGCCGAUCUGACGCGUAUGCGCUCUCCCUACAUCAUUGCGGGUUAUUCCAUUGCAAUUUGCGGCUUCAUCGCCCAACUUGCCAUCCCGCACCCAAAAUAUCCCGGCGUAACGUACGGCUUCUUAUUCCCCGUUGCCGCAGGCUUGUACUGUCCUUUCACAUGUCUCGUCGCCUGGGUCGGAAACUCGCUUGCGCCGAGCUCUAAGCGUGCUAUUGGUAUGGCGUUACUGAUUUCUGUCGGUAACAUGGGAGGAAUCAUGGGAAGCAACAUCUAUCUUGCAAGGGAGGCGCCCAAAUACACGACCGGGUUCUCUGCUAGUUUGGCGAUGUGCUUUGCGGCAAUCACCAUGACGUUCGUUUUGAGGUGGGCGUAUGCGAAGGAGAACCGAAAGAAGGAUGCGUUGAUUGCCGAGCAUGGAGAAGCGGCGAUUAGAGCGAGAUACACGGAGGACGAGUUGUUGAUGUUGGGCGACAAGAGCCCAUUCUUUCGCUCUGUCUAG